CCAGACCAUAUACAUCCGGUCAGACUAAUAUGCGAUAGCCUAUAUCUAGGCUACAUAUGGUUCAUUGACCAAGCUAUUAACAUUUUCCUUAUUCACCCUAGGACAACAUAUUUGAGUAUAUUACUAGGCCUAGGCUACGAUUGUGAAUUUGACAGACCAGGCUACAUUCGCAUCAACACCGCGUUUUAUCCUAAAGGAUGGCUGAAGCAGAACUCCAGGCGUUUACGUCUAUGAUGGACGCACUCGUUCAAAUCAGCUCUAACAUGAAGAGUAUGGAGCGGGAGCUGCAUUGCCCGGUGUGUACUGAGAUGGUGAAGCAGCCCAUCAUCCUGCCAUGCCAGCACAGUGUGUGUCUGCUGUGUGCUGCUGAGGUGUUAAUCCAGAGAGGAUAUCCUGCCCCAGACCUCCCCCCAGAGCCCAACUCCCCGGCCGCCUCCCCCAACACACGCUCCCCGCGCGGGGCACGCAGGCCCCCGCCCAAGACCACCGACCGCCUGGACCGCGUCCUCAGACCAGGUUUUGGGACGUACCCCGGGCGUCGUCGUAAGGACAUGUCUCCUGCCCCCAUGCUGUUCCCCUGUCCGUCCUGUCACAAGGAGGUGGAGCUGGGAGAGAGAGGACUGACCAAUUGCCUCAGGAAUCUCACCUUGGAACGCAUUGUAGAGAGGUACAGACACACAGUGAGCCUGGGCAGCGUGGCUAUAAUGUGUGGCUUCUGUAAGGCUCCUCAGUCCUUGGAGGCCACUAAGGGCUGUGCUGACUGCAGGUCCAACUUCUGCAACGAGUGUUUCAAGCUCUACCACCCCUGGGGUACGCUCCGUUCCCAGCACGAACACAUACUGCCCACCAACAACUUCAGACCCAAGGUCCUAACGUGUCUGGAGCAUGAGCAGGAGAGGUUGUUGUGGUACUGUCGCUCCUGCCAGAGGCUGCUGUGUCCUGUCUGUAAGCUCCACAGAGUCCACCACGGCCACAAGGUGGCGCCCAUCGCACAGGCCUGCCAGGCACUAAAGGACAAAAUCACCAAGGAGAUCAACUACAUUCUGGCCAAUCAGGACACAGUAAAGGCUCAGAUAACUCAGCUGGAGAGUGCCAUCACACACAUGGAGUUGAACAGUGCGUUGGCGAGGGAGCAGUUGUCUCAGUCUGUGAGGGAGCUGGGGGCGUCUCUAGUGGAGCGACAGGGAGCGUUGACCCUGGCCCUGGAGGGGGCCCGGCUGAGGAGGGGGGAGGCCCUGUCGGCCCAGGUGUCUGAGAGGAGGGGUCUGCAGGAGCACGGCGGUUUAAUGGCCUACACACAGGAGCUGCUCAAAGAGACCGACCAACCCUGCUUCGUACAGGCCGCACGAAUCACCCACAACAGGCUGGUGAAAGCCAUAGAGAAUCUGCAGUGUUUCUCUCUCUCGGCUGAUCCCUCCUUCAGACACUUCCACAUGGACGCCUCCAGAGAAGUGAAACUCAUCAGCAGCAUGGGAUACAUAAGAGCCCCAUUGGCUCCUGUGAUUGACACCCAGCGCACGCUGGCCUAUGACCAGCUGUUCCUGUGCUGGCGACUCCCCCAGGACUCCGCCCCUGCCUGGCACUUCUCCGUGGAGUUCCAGCGGCGAAUGGGAUUGACCGAGGCAGGCUGGGGAGGAGAGGUCAGGAGUCCCAAUGCUCCACUGGUGUGGCAACGCCUGGAGGAGGUGGGCGGGACUAGUGCUGUGAUUGACAGGCUGGAGAUGGACAGUGUGUACGUGUUAAGGGUGAAAGGAAGCAAUAAGGCGGGGUUUGGAGAGUACAGCGAAGAGGUUUACCUGCACACACCACCCGCACCAGUGUUGUCUUUCUCUCUGGACUCUCGCUGGGGUUUGCAUGCCGACCGACUGGCUCUGGGUAAAGGACAGACGUAUGCCCGCAGCGUGCCCGGCCUCUCCCUUCUGCAGGCCGCUGACCGCUCCCUCACUUCCUGUCACCUGACCUCUGACCUCCUCAUAGGCGACCUGGCCAUCACCCAGGGAAGGCACUACUGGGCAUGCUCGGUGGAGCCCGGCUCCUACCUGGUCAAGGUGGGAGUUGGACAGGAGGCCAAGCUCCAGGAGUGGUUCCACCUUCCCCAGGACAUGGCCAGCCCCCGCUAUGACCCAGACAGUGGCCAUGACAGUGGGGCUGAGGAUUCCCCAGACUCCUCCCCUCCCUUCUGCUUCCUCACCAUGGGCAUGGGCAAGGUCCUCUUACCCCAGGGGACAGCAAACUUACACCACAGUACCCAUGGGAACAACCAUGGCCCCCCUACUGCCCCCCUGCCCCCGCGCCUGGGGGUUUGUCUGGACUUCGAAAAGGGGCGGGUCACGUUCUACGACGCCCACUCGCUGCGCACCCUGUGGGAGGGGCAUGUGGAUUGCUCUGCCCCUGUGUGCCCGGCCUUUUGUUUCAUUGGUGGAGGUGCACUGCAGCUGCAGGAGCUGGUGGCCAAUCGGAGCACAGAGGAGCCACCGCACAGAAGGGUUACCAUCCAAUCACGCGCCACCAAUUUAGGUAACUGAAGAAGUAUGGAGUGGAAUGAUAUGGAAAGACCCUUCAUCAACUUGAUGUUUACUUGUUUAUGUUUAGGUUUCAUGUGUAAUGUCUGCAACUGUUGAUGAUGUACAUUAUGCAGAAUAGAAGAAUGUCAAUGUCCCGGAAUCCAGGGGAUUAUAAAGCGUUCUGCAGGUUACAUCAGGAUACGUGUAUUCUGUGAUUCCAACUGUUGCUGUGUUGCAUCUGACAAGGACUCAUGAGUGGGACGUUAACUGUUAAAUGACUCAUGAGUGGGACGUUAACUGUUAAAUGACUCAUGAGUGGGACGUUAACUGUUAAAUGACUCAUGAGUGGGGCGUUAACUGUUA